CUCUAAUUUAAUUUCCUGGUUAUCACCUCGAAGAUUAAUCGUUUCAUCAAUUUGCAGUAGGCAAAGGUUAUGUUACCUCACUUAAUUUUUACAUAACAAUUUAAUUAAAUGUGAUACUUUCCCUAAUUGGAUUUUAUUAUUAGACCGCACAUUACAGAAUAUUUAAAUAACAUUGUUCUAUAAAAGAUACAUACAUUACCAAUACAUUAUGUAAAGCUUAUGGAGAAAUAGUUAUUAAUUUGUUAUCAAUAUAAAAAGUAAUGCAUAAAGUUUUUAAAAUGAUUAAAACUAAAAAAUGGGCCGUUGAUGGAAAAAAAUCCAUCAGCGGUAUUGUUCACGUGGUGUUUUGAUUCCCUACCUUUAAUUUCAUCAUAAGCUCAUUGUUAUUUGCAUAGCAAAGAUUUAUAAGAUUAAUUAUUGUUUUGCAUAACAUUUUAUUUCCUAUAUUGAAUUUCAUAUAUACGAAAUAUUUAUGUGGCAAUGUUCUAUAACUUUUCUAAGAUUUUGUAAGGUUACCUAUUUUUUACAUAACAUUUUAAUCAAACUUGAUUUUAUUAUUAGACCACACAUUACGGAAGAUUUACAUAACAUUGUUCUAUAAUAGAUAUGUACAUUACAAACACAUGAUGUAAAGCUUAUGGAGGGAGAAUUAUUUCUUAGUUAUCAAUUACAAAAAAAAGUAUGCAUAUCUGUUAUAAAGAUUAACAAUCUAGCGUAAAACAAACUUGAUUUUAUUAUUAGACCACACAUUAAUAAAGAUUUCAUAACUGUGUUCUGUACAUUACAAAUACAUUAUGUAAACUUUAUGGAAGGAUAAUCAUUCUUAGUUAUCUAUUUCAAAAAGUACUAUAUAAGUAUUUUGUAAUGAUUAAACUCUACGUAAAACUAACUUUGUUUUAUUAUUAGAACAAACCUUACAUAAUAUUUAUAAUAAAAUGUUAUAUAUUAGUUACGUAAAUCAAAACUAUAUUACAUAAAACUACUAAGGGAUUUUUUUUUAGUAUUACUUGAAAAAUAUAUAACGUAAUUCAUUCUUGCUUAUCCAGAUGCUACAUAAAAUUUAUGAAGAUAUCUUAUCCGAAAUUUGUGAAUUAUUUGAUUUCAACUGAAUUAUUAAAUAAGUCAAUACAGUUUUAAAUAUAAUUAGUCUCUUACCGCUGCGAAGCGCGAGCCAAAAAACUAGUCUAUUAUAAUGAUAAAUGAAUACAUGGGUUGUUUAGAUGGAAUGUAUUGACGGAGUGACACUAGCCCAAAACUCAAAUCCGAUAACGACAUUAAUGCAUCAAUAACCGUUAGAUCACACACAACCGCAACCGAAUUGACAGAAAUGAAACCAUAAUGGGAAAACGAACAAGAAUGGAGAAAGGGGAUGAGCUUGAUGUUGGCCCAUACGAGCAUACAACACACACAUUCCCCUAACCAAUCUCUUCUGGCCAAUGCGCCAAGCUAGCUGCCUAGGUGGUGGCGCCUGCCAACCUAUAAGCUGACUGCACCCGCUGCUGAUGAUGAUGGAGAGAUGGAAGUGUAACAGUGACCGAACCUUAAAAAAAACAGAAGACGGACACGUGGCCGGUGAUCUGCGGGUUGGGCGUCCGGCGGCCUGUGAUCAGACGGCCGGCGGUUACUUUCAGGAAAGGGAGAGGGAGCACGGGAGCAGGGCAAUAAGGACCGCAGUGCUGGUCACAAGGGGGACAUGUGUCAGGCCCCGAAUGAAGUGAAAAAUUCUCCCCCUUUUUCUUUUUUCUCUUUUUUCUCUACAGUGAGCGCUGAGGUGGGUCCCAUUAAAGAGGAAGACAAAUGAUUCUUGAGCAUUGAUUGGUCCCCCAAUCCGCCACGUCAGCAAUCAUGUCUGGAGGCGGAAUCAUUACCCUGUCUGUUCUGCAUCUCCAUCUGGGGUGAUGGGAUUAGACGUAAGCAUCUUUGUUUCUUUCUUUUACUUCUCCUUUCCCCUGCCUGCUUUUGUCCUUUUUGUUCUCUACACAGCUAGUUAUUUAUUACGGUGGUGAAAAAUAGUAGAGUUUCCUACUCCUUGUAAUUUUUGGUAUUUAAAUGUUUAGUUACCAACUUACCACAGUCACUAUCUCAAAAUAUCUUCACCAAAUUAAAAUUUAAUUGAUUAAUCAGGCUAUCAUAACAAUUGUCCUUUAAUGUACCAUUGCACAAUAUAUAAUGAAUGACGACAAUACAUAUAACGAAUGAAACAUAACAAUCAGGUCAAACAAAUAUGCAAUAUUAAUGUGCAAUAAUAACAAGCUUACGGUUAUCCAUCAUUAACAUUGUAAGCCGACCAAAGUUUUAAUAUGAUUGUGGAAAUACAGCACGUACGGUCACACAACUAAUCAACCAAUAUUACUCGUGGUGAAUUUAGUUUAGGUCAACCACAUAGUAAGCUUACGAUUAUCCAUCAUUAGCUGAUAAUUUUAACAAAAUAGAGCAAGCACCUCUGAGUACGUUACUUUGAUGAGACCAAGGCAAGGCACGCAGAAGAACUAUUGGGCUCAUUAGCAUUAUGUGAGUUGGGGAGGGAGUGAUGGAUAUUGCUUCUCUACUACACGUACCUCGUGCUUCCAGUCCAGUGCCUUUCUUCUAUAAGGGACCACUAGGCUGGGCCAUGGAACAUACAUGUCGAUGGUCCAGCCCAACCAUUUGAUGGUUUUGUGUCCAACAAGCCUACUUGGGGACCUCUAAAGCCCAUCGCCUGAGCCCUCAAGUAUUACGAAGACAUCUGACUAAAUCGAUCCCAAGAGAGACUUUGUACCCGCUUCCGGGCCUCAUGGCAUAUGGGCUUAUGGCCCUCACGCAUAUGAUUACAAAUUGUGAACUUAUUAGACAACUUCCAUAAAUGUUUUACAAAUUGUGAUAGAAAGGUUAAAUAAUGUUUUACUGACAAAGUACUGUGAUAUUAUGUUUAAUGGAAGAGGUUCAAAAUAACAUCCUAAUUCAAUUUACAUAUUCAGUGAGAAACUAGAAAGUAUGUAUUGGAUGACAAUUUUGAUCUAAUUCAAAUAAUUAAAUAUGUCUGAAUUUGGUCCAUACAUAUAUCGACUAUGUCAUAAUGUAACUUUUGGCGAGUGUACUUCUUCCAUCUAUCUGUCUCCAUUCUCAUUGUCGUUUUUACGUAAAAAUAUAAAAUUAACUCUGAUGAAAAAGAAAAUCACUUACAAAGUUAUCUUUACAAUGGAUAUGUUAAAAAUGUAUCUUUAACUGAACGCUAAUGACAUGUUUAAUUCCAUCAUUGACACGUUAUAUUAGAUAAAUAUAUUUUGUAUGUAAGUACUAUCAAAUGAAGCCAAUAAGAGAUUUAUAUAAUAUCAAAAUUCUCAUUAACUCAACUCUGUUUAACAAUUGCACCUCUCAAGUUAAUUACAAUGUCCAAUUAUCCAUUCAGAAAUAUUUGAUAAAAUUGUAACAAGAUGAUAUUAUUCUUAUAAUACACGGUGUAUGUAAUU